AUGCCUUUCCUUAAAUCUGAAUUUCAAAUAUCCGAAAAUAAUCGUACAGGCACAGAGACCUUCGAGAGGCUCGUUGAGAAUUUGAGUGCGGCUUUAGGUCCGAGUUCGGGGCUCGAUUCAAGCGAUGUUGACCCGAUGGAAAUACAACUUUUGAUGGAGAAAUAUAUUUCAAAUGAAGAAGAAUGGGGCUCGUACGCACUAGGUGAUGCGAGCAGGACCUACACAAGAAAUUUAAUCGACGAGGGCAACGGCAAGAGCAACUUGUUGAUUUUAGUAUGGAGUCCUGGAAAAGGCAGUUCAAUCCAUGACCAUGCUAACGCACACUGUGUCAUGAAAAUCUUGAAAGGCAAACUUCAAGAGGACCUCUACUCAUGGCCUGACCAGGCAAAAAUAGAGGAAGGUCAAACCUCACCACCGCAACUUACCAAGCAAACCACCAUUGGCGAGAACCAAGUGACUUACAUGUCUGAUAAACUUGGUCUGCAUCGUAUAUCCAACCCUGAUCCACAAGAGUUCGCUAUCUCACUUCAUCUUUAUACACCACCCAACGCUGCCCUUCACGGCUUCUCCAUUUUUGACGCGAGAACUGGCAAGGCAUUCCAUAUCAAGCAGACCAACUUUUACUCCUAUCGUGGUCAACGCCUUGAUGAUGGACAGGAGUAA